GCCAACCGGCCACCUGCCAAACUCAACCUGUUAACGUGCCAGGUGAAAACCAACCCCGAGGAGAAGAAAUGUUUCGACCUCAUCUCACAUGACAGGACAUACCACUUCCAAGCAGAGGAUGAACAGGAAUGUCAGAUAUGGAUGUCUGUACUGCAGAACAGCAAGGAAGAAGCUCUGAACAAUGCGUUUAAGGGCGAUGACAACACCGGAGAAAAUAACAUUGUCCAAGAGCUGACCAAAGAGAUUAUCUCAGAGGUGCAGAGGAUGACCGGCAAUGAUGUCUGCUGCGACUGUGGGGCACCAGAUCCAACGUGGCUCUCCACCAACCUGGGCAUCCUGACUUGCAUCGAGUGCUCGGGAAUCCACCGUGAGCUGGGGGUCCAUUACUCCAGGAUGCAGUCCUUGACCUUAGAUGUAUUAGGAACGUCCGAGCUUCUGCUUGCCAAGAAUAUUGGGAAUGCAGGCUUUAAUGAGAUCAUGGAGUGUUGCCUACCGUCUGAGGACUCUGUCAAACCCAACCCAGGCAGUGACAUGAUUGCAAGGAAGGACUACAUCACAGCCAAGUACAUCGAGAGGAGAUAUGCAAGGAAAAAGCACGCAGACACCUCGGCGAAGCUCCACAGCCUUUGUGAGGCCGUCAAGACUAGAGACAUUUUUGGCCUACUCCAAGCUUACGCUGAUGGUGUGGACCUGACAGAAAAAAUCCCACUGGCCAAUGGGCAUGAGCCAGAUGAGACAGCUCUCCAUCUUGCAGUCAGAUCUGUGGACCGGACUUCCCUUCACAUUGUGGACUUCCUGGUCCAGAACAGUGGGAACCUGGAUAAACAGACAGGCAAGGGCAGCACAGCCCUGCACUACUGCUGCUUGACUGACAAUGCCGAGUGCCUCAAGCUCCUCCUGCGGGGAAAGGCCUCCAUCGAGAUAGCCAAUGAGUCAGGAGAGACGCCAUUGGACAUCGCCAAGAGGCUCAAGCAUGAACACUGUGAGGAGUUGCUAACUCAGGCCUUGUCAGGAAGAUUUAACUCCCACGUUCACGUUGAGUAUGAAUGGCGACUGCUACACGAGGACCUGGAUGAAAGCGACGAUGACGUGGAUGAGAAACUUCAGCCCAGUCCUAACCGGCGCGAGGACCGACCCAUCAGUUUCUACCAGCUGGGGUCCAGCCAGUUUCAGCCCAAUGCUGUGUCUUUGGCCAGAGAUACUGCAAACCUCACCAAGGACAAGCAGAGGGGCUUCGGGCCCAGCAUCUUGCAGAAUGAGACCUACGGAGCCAUCCUGAGUGGCAGCCCACCCUCUUCCCAGUCGUUACCCCCCAGCACCACCAGCGCACCUCCACUCCCACCUCGGAAUGUCGGUGGCAAAGUUCAGACAGCCACCUCAGCUAACACCCUGUGGAAGACAAACUCUGUAGGUGUGGACGGUGUCAGCAGGCAGCGAUCUUCGUCAGAUCUGCCAGCUGUCCACCCACCGCUGCCCCCUCUGCGAGUGACAUCGACCAAUCCCCUGACCACAACACCACCCCCUCCUGUGGCUAAGGCCUCCGGCACACUAGAUGGAGUGAACCAGCCAAGCAAGCCUGCCCAACCCGGAGCCUCGCAGAGCAAGCCCCCACUCUUGCCACCCCAGCCACCCAGCCGCCUGCCUCAGAAGAAGCCGGCUUCUGGGACUGACAAGCCAACCCCACUGAUCAACAAAGGCCAGCCAAGAGGACCUGAAGCUCCAGGUCCUCUGUCCAACGCCAUGGCCCUGCAGCCCCCAGCACCCAUGCCUAGGAAGUCACAGGUGACCAAGUCCAAGCCCAAGCGAGUCAAGGCGCUCUACAACUGUGUGGCCGACAACCCGGAUGAGCUGACUUUCUCUGAGGGAGACGUGAUCAUUGUGGAUGGGGAGGAAGAUCAGGAGUGGUGGAUUGGCCACAUCGACGGAGACCCCAGCCGCAAAGGAGCAUUCCCCGUAUCAUUUGUGCACUUUAUUGCUGACUAACUUGCUACUGAACAAAGGCCUUUCUGUCACCAUCGUGUUCCAUUUUGUUAUUGGUACCAAGACUAGCUUUAGCCAGUCUCACGCAUCAUGCUGUAUGGCAGCCCAUCUUAUCAUAGUACCGUUCUGUUCUGAAAACUCAAAGGCAGUUUUUAUACAUAUAUAAGCAGAUUCUUUUUAUAAGUUGAGGUUUUCACCCACAUUGCUAUACUUUUACUAUGAAAAGCAGAAUUUCCUAAAGGGGGACGGGCAUAAAGCUAUUUUAACUAUAGACCCAGGAUCCUGCAUUUCCAGGACUUGCUGAUCCUAAAAAUUCUUAAACAAAUUUGGGGGAUUCUUACAGCUUUCCUUAACCCUGUUCUGACUUUGGUUAACUUUAGCACAGCCAGAGUGGCAGGCCAGUACCAUGCUGCUUCAGUCUGUUGCUCUCCCCUGAACUUUGUCCACAAAUGCCAUCCAUUCACCUUUAAGACAUAUAUUCCUUUGAAACUCAGCUAGUGUCUAAAGCAACUUGGCAGUUUACAUGUUAGCCUUGUACUUUUCUGGGCCCCGGCCUAUGAAGUGGCAGCUGCCAUGAUCUCCUGCAUGUUUGUAUAACCCAUUCUUGUGAACAAUCAUACCUAGCAUACUACUGAUGGGUUAUUAAGACAUAGCAAUUAGCAGUCUGUUCUGCACCAGUGUUUUUCAACUGCAGUUCCUGAAUUUGGUUACAAACUAAGGAUGAUGGAUUGCAAAACAGCUCUCUAAACUAGUUUGUAUGCCCUAGAUGUUUAGGAUUUGCCUCCCUCAACGUCCCCCUGUCCCCGUCACCCCCCGACCCGUCUCGAAGAAAGCAACUGUAUACAAGUAGGCUACGUGGUACAGACCACAGUAAGCAACACAUUCCUCACUGUUUGUGUCCUGGUGCAUCCCACUGCCUCCCCUCCCAGCUCCCCAGGACACCCGCUCAGCUUAGUGUCUUGUCUUUAAUAGGAUUCUCCUUUUGGAGAAUGAUAGCUACACUGUCUUGAAAUUUAGCCUGUCCAAUUGUUUGUAUUCAAGAGCAUAUCAGAAAUCUGUAGAGCCUGGGGAGCCCAGUACCCCCAAACAUCCCAGUUACACUACGUAAGGCCAUCAAGUCACUUUUAAACUUAACAAUAUGUGGGGUGGGGGAGGGGAACUAGGUUGUAUUUGAUAAAAAUCAAAACUCAUUAGUUUCAUGAACUUGACUGUCAUACCUCUACUUAAUAACUGUAAGCAUAAAAGUCAUAGUAGAGAUAUGGGAAAUUCUGUCACUUUUUCGGGAUGAAGAGGCAAGCAUAGGGUGUGAACAGAAGCUGGAGUUUGAGCAAAAGGAAUGGAUUGAAGUAUAGGCUUGGCAACAAGGCAGCGACGCUGUCGCUGGCACACUUGACUGAAGUAGCUACGUCUUUACUCUUUGUGCAAGGCUCUUAUAAGCAUGGAGCUUCCCUUGGUUUCAAAGGUAACAGGGCAAACUGGAAUGUUUUAUGAUGUUAUCGGGAUUAUCUCCUGUCUUUCUGAUUCUGGGUAUAAAAAGAAAACAAAACAAAACGUGUUAGAUCUGUAAUUAAAGUCAGUCUCUCCCUCCCCCACCUCAACACUACUCAUUAGAUUUCACUACUUGUUCAUUUCUGCCGUUUGAGCCCUCCUCCCAGUCACUUCUCGUAGACUUAAGAGCUUGAACAGAUGCAUUUUGCACAUUGCACUUCCCAGCACCUCUCUUACAGUGCCCCCACACCCCCCACGCAUCUGCACCAUUGGCCUUUGCUGACCUGGUGCCAGAUCUUGGAGAAAACAAGUUGACUUAUGUCAACAUUUGAACUCCAGUCCCUGGCUAACUUAUGGGGUUCACUGGUACUUAAACACCUAGGAAAUAUUUUUCCACUUUCUGGUGGUGCUAUUGUGCGGUAACGGAUAGUGCUUUUUACCAGAAGAGAAAUUCUAUUGACUUUCCUCCUAAUUAUCCUCUCUUAGUUAUUUGCUCUUUGCAAAUUGAGAAGAAAAAGUAACUCAAAGGAAAACAUUGUAGAUAUCUAUUUAUAUUUAAAGUUUACAUUUCACAUGUGUCAGCUGUGGAAUUCGGGCUUUUUUAUUUUUUUAUUGUUUUGCCACUUUCCAUCAGGUCUGACUUGGAGGGAAGAUGACUCAGAAAUAGGAUUCACAGACUAGUGUGGUCUGUUGAGGGUGGAGAGUGAUCUGUGGCCUAGAAUGCUAUCUUGAGAUGUAUGAUAUCCAAUUCAUUCACUUGAUUAUUUUGGUCUAAUUGCUGUUGAGGGUGGAGAAUGACCUGCGGCCUAGAAUGCUCUUUUGAGAUGUAUGAUAUUCAGUUCAUUCACUUGAUUACUUUGGUCUAGUUGCAGCGCAACUGUAUAUACUGUAUAACCUAAACGGAUUAUUUUCAUUGUCCUUAAUGCAGUGAUUUAUAAUUAGAGCAUGUUUAAUAACUUGAUUUCCCAUUAACCAGUCAUUUGACUGGAAAAAAAAAAUAAAGUACUUUUAAAUGGA